UUUCACUAUAAUUUAACUUUAUUAUCAUUGAUUGAAGGAACAGUUAGAAAUAGGAUCGAAUUGAUGCUCAGUUACUUGUUUUACUGAAUAAGAAACCAGGGAAUAAAAAUUACAUAUUAAAUUACUAGAUAUUAAAUAUUCGCAAUACUCCAAAACAAAAUAAUAGAUUAUUAAGAAUUUGAUUCGAUUUUUUUAUUGCAUUUUGUAAUCAUAGAGGAAUAAUAGACAUAAAAACAAGAAUAAUAUAACAAUGUUUCAAUCUAUCAAAUUUGGUAUAAAAUCUAGCACUAGAUCUUUUUCAACCACAGCAGCAAAAGAAGCUAGUUCACCAAUUUACAAAAAUCUCCUUACUGGAGCUGUCGGUGUUACUGGAUUGACAUCUGCUUAUUUAUUAUGGGCAGAUUCACAUAGUGCUGAAGCCAUGACAGCUGCUGAACAUGGUUUACAUCCUCCAGCCUUUGGAUGGUCUCACAAUGGUAUGUUUGACACUUUUGACCAUGCUGCAAUUCGUCGUGGUUUUCAAGUUUAUCGUGAAGUUUGCGCUGCUUGUCACGGAUUGGAUAGAAUUGCUUGGAGAACAUUAAUAGGUGUUUCUCAUACCAAUAGUGAAAUUAAAGAAAUUGUUGAAGAACUAGAAUAUGAUGAUGAACCUGAUGACCAAGGUAAACCAAGAAAGAGAGUCGGUAAAUUGGCUGAUUACAUUCAAAACCCUUAUGAUAAUGAGCAAGCUGCCAGAGCUGCCAACCAAGGUGCUUUACCGCCAGAUUUAUCAUUAAUCAUCAAAGCUAGACAUGGUGGAUGUGAUUACAUUUUCUCAUUGUUAACCGGAUAUCCAGAAGAACCACCAGCAGGUGUUGUAUUACCACCAGGAUCCAAUUACAAUCCAUACUUUCCAGGUGGAGCUAUUGCUAUGGGCAGAGUUUUGUUUGAUGACUUGGUUGAAUACGAUGAUGGUACUCCAGCUACCACUUCCCAAAUGGCAAAAGAUGUUUCGAUUUUCUUAAACUGGGCAUCUGAACCUGAACACGAUGAACGUAAAAAAGUUGGAUUAAAAGUCUUGGUGGUCACUUCAGCUCUUUACUUGCUCUCUAUUUGGGUAAAGAAAUUCAAGUUUGUUGGUCUUAAAAACAGAAAGAUUAUUUUUAAUCCUCCAAAAAAUUAAAUUAAAUUAAAUUAAACCAAUUUAAAUUACAUUGAAAUACAAUACGAAAUAAACGAAAAUGAAAA